CACCACGUGGCAGCCUCCACGGGCGUGGCGGCGGGCGGCAUCCACACCUGCGGUACGGUGCUCCACGGCUUUGCCGCGACGCGCGCCUCGGUGACCAAGCUCAACGCCGCGGUGGUGGCGGCCCUGCGCGCGGCGGGGCUCCCAGCGGUGGGCCUGUCGCCCUGCGGCGCGUGGACCACCCGCGACCGCCGCGUGGUGGCGGACGGCUGCGCCGCGGUGGCGGCGCUGCUGGCUGCGGGCCUGGUGCCGGUGCUGCACGGCGACGCUGUGCUGGAUGAGGCGCUGGGGUGCACCAUCCUGAGCGGGGACCUGGUCAUCACCAGCCUGUGCCGCCGCUUCCGCCCCCCGCUGGUCGCCUUCCUGACAAAUGUGGCCGGCAUCUACGACCGCCCGCCGGACCAGCCCGGCGCGCAGCUGAUUAGCCGGCUGCAGGUGGAUGCCGAUGCUGGCAGUGAUGGCACCAGCGGCAGUGAUGGCACCAGCGGCAGCGGCGAGCCGGCCUUCACGGCUUACACGCGGCAGGGCCAGGUGGUUGACUCACUGCGCACCAGCAGCGCGGCGCAUGAUACCACCGGCGGCGUUGCCACUAAGAUUCGGGAGGCGGCGGCGGUGGCACGGCUGGGCGCUGAGGUGCGCAUCGCGCGGGCGGGCACCGCUGCGGGCAAAGCAGCCGCCCAGCCCGGCCCGCUGCCACCAGACUGGGAAGGCACCGUGGUGCGG